AUGGCCAAGGCUAAGCAGAACAAAGCUACAAAAUCCUCACCUCGCCCUAUAUUUGCUGAAGAUGCAUUGUUGCAGAAUGAUCCAUCAUCCAUGGUGGACCUAAUCAAUCAAUAUGUACACACGAAGGCAGAUGUUAUACACGCGAAAUAUAAGGAGUUUGCCGAGGAGCAAAUGGCGGCAGAUCACAAAUUGAUACUGGAAUUACAAGAAGAAAACGCCAGACUAACAGAGGAGUUGGAGAGCAGGUCUCAAUUUGGCUCCCCCGUGAAAAAGCAAAACAAUGAAGACGUGUUCUACUCGUUGGAUAUUCUUGAGAUUAUGAGUGGAUUGAAAGUUACCUACUUUAAUGAUAAUGGAAAGGAAUUGGUUUACGAGAUGAAGUCUUCGGGUAAGGAGUUGGAAAUUCAUUACAAACUAAUACUACCGAAGGAUGGCUCAGAGGUAACCUACAUUCCCAUUUUCGAUGGUAAUGAGGAAGCAAUGAAGUUGUUGCCUGAAUACUUUUUGGAUAGCUUUUCCUUUGAUUUUAAAAACCUACCUCUAUUCUAUAACAAAGUGAACAAGUAUAUAAACAAGUAA